CGAGAUUCCAAAGGGAAUCUCCUCGAGAUUCCAAAGGGAAUCUCCUCGAGAUUCCAAAGGGAAUCUCCUCGAAAUUCCAAAGGGAAUCUCCUCGAGAUUCCAAAGGGAAUCUCCACGAGAUUCCAGGGGGGAAUCCCCACGAGAUUUCAGAGGGAAACCUCCACGAGAUUCCAGAGCGAAUCUCCAUGCUUCAGGGUUAUUAAAGGGAGUAGAGGACUUAGGCCCUCCAAUAUUUUACAAAUUUGAGACAUAAUCCAUGUACUCUUGCAAAUAGGUCUAGGAACGUAUGGUCGAAAUUCUUUUGUCCCGAGACUCCCAAGUACCCGAAAGAGCUUCAGGAAAUAUGUAGGAAUAUUUUGAAUGAUUUUGAGGUAUUCAAGUUUUUCCAAAAUAUAUUUAAAAUUAGAAACCAUGUUUUUAGCUCUUCCUCAGCCGGUAUUCAUUCUGAUCCCGUGCUAGACAUCAGUUCCUAUUCCGUGCAACGCUACGGAAAGUGACUUGUUAUGAAUGUUGUGUUCCAAAGCGAUGUAUUACUCGCUCAUUCCACCGUACGUCGAUCCUUGUAGUUUAAUUAAUGCUUUUUGUUCAUGUGGAGUUUGUAUAAUCUGCUCGGUGGCACUUAUCGGACAUUCUUCAAAUUUUUGGGUAAUCCACUGAUAGCCAUUGACAAGGAUGCGAUAAUUGCAUGAGCUCUUAGUUAUUGAUUAGCCACGUAUCGGCCAUUGAAGCUUAUGGCAAGUUGUCUAUGGCUGUUUGUUUGACGAAAUUCGCUGUUUGGUACAUUAAAGAUGUAUUUGCUGACAUUCUUAUAUGUAAGAUAGUUGACAAUUGUCAGGCGCAUUUUACCCCACGGAGGUCCUACAUGUCUUCAAAGGUGAGGUGGCCAGAAACCUGCCAGAUCGUAAUUACCCGCUGUUGCCCGCGCAUAGAACCCCCGACAAAGACCUGGAGGACGACGACCACGACAAUACCAGCACUGCCGCCGAACGAGGCCAUGGUUUCGUGUCUUCCUUUUUUUGCGCCCGAAAGCAGGCAAAAUAAUAAAAUUUGCAAAAUUCAAGCUUCCAAGACGCGCUCCAAAUCACGCUUGAUUAGUCACGCGAUGACUUUUUUCCGUGUUCUGUUCCGUGGCCGCCGUUCGGCUGAUCGUAAUCAUGAUUGGGUUGUAAGAACAUUUUUCGCUACUUCAUCGUCUGAAGUGGCUGGGAUUGCUGUCGGUUAGUGUGGUGCUUUCAUCGCCGCCACCAUGCUAUUCUAGGUGGAACUCUUCGCGCUACGAUGCGAUGGAUGGUGAUGGCGGGGUUCUGUGUACACGUGGUGGAAUUUCCCACUCUUCCUGCGCACAUCACUGCGCUGACAUCAUUCGCAAUGAUCUGAAUCACACGGCGCGUUUACUCCGUCUGGAUGACUGGUUGAAACCGACUAUUGGAAGCGGUUAUCUUUACACACCGCUAGCUAGACGGUAAACAAAAACAAGUGAGAUGACCUUGUAAAUUUGCUCAUAUUGACUAUGCGACGUGACUAAACUAUCGUAGGCGAAAUCCAUCAACACCGGAUGGGAUUUAAUGCUAUUUUUGUGUUCCAAUUUAUCCUUUUUACAGGUCAAUUUCUACACAUUCGCAUUCAUCAUGGGUGGCAGCGAAGCGCAAACCUACUGUCUACGAUGGAACAACCACAAGUCCAACUUGGUCGAGAUUCUCGACGCGCUCAUAAAAAUGGAAUGCUAUGUCGACUGCACGAUCUAUGUCGACGAGCAGGUCCAGUUCAAAGCACAUCGUGUUGUUCUAGCGGCCAACUCACCCUAUUUCCAAGCCAUAUUGCAAGACGUCCCCAUGGAUCACUGUACCAUCCUGUUUCCAGGGGUACAGGAGUUCGAAAUGCGGGCGCUCCUGGAGUACAUGUACACUGGAGAGGUGAAUGUCACACAGUCUCAGAUUCCUCGGAUAAUGAAGAUUGCCGAACAGCUCGAAGUCAAGGGACUGUUCGACAUGGCCGACAUAAAGGGACGAUUCGAGAAGAUGGUUGUUGAGCAUGAACGCGAGCGGGAAGAGCCAUAUGCAAGCAAUAAUAACUAUAGCACGAAGCCUCAGCUUCCACCUAGUAAUCAACAGUCCCCACCGGUCAUUUCGACUUCCACAAAUGUUUCAAUUGCUCAGAGCAGUAGCUCAUCUCCGCCGUACACGUACAAAUCACCUUACACGAGCCUAUACGCUCGCACCAGCCCGACCGCCAUAGAAAGAGAAAGAGACCGAGAACGUGAUCGGGAAAGAGACCGGGAACGCGAAUUUGAAGACCGUGAACGUCGUGAACAGUCGUCAUCCUAUUCCCACCCUCCCCUACACCCAUCAUACUCUCACUCAAGUGAACCACCCCACGACGAACAGCCCCAAACCUCAUCCGCCUCAUCGUCCUCCUCGAUUCCGCACCCGUCGCAAAACCUCCGGUGGUCAAUCCCAGGUCAAAUUCCUGUCACCCUGCAUCAACCUCCCCAACUGCACAAUAUGCUCAGCUCAGUGUACGACUCCAGCUCGGACAUGAACCCGCUCAAACGCAAAAAGCUACAAUCCAUGUCCAGCAUGCUUCGGGACACCCCAAUCCUGCGGAACGUUCUUGCUCAACCGAAUGCUGCCGAUUCUUCGCAAUCUUCGCCUGGGUCGUUAUCGCUGCAGCAACUGCCGGGAAUGAAACCGGACGUGGUCGGUGCGUCUGUUUCCGGACAUCAUCAUCCCUCGGAAAUGGCCGGUAGUCAUCAUUCCAACGGCGGAGGGUACAAGCACAUGAAAGAACCUCUUUCACCAUAUGGCGACAAAUCCUACGAUGACGAAGCCAUGCUUGAACCACGCCUGAAUUACAGUGCCGAUGAUGCCCGCCUAGCGUCCUACGUUCCGCAUCAGCAGCAGAAACCCGAAUGGAAGCGUUACAAGCAGUACACCCGAACCGAUAUCUUGAACGCCAUCGAAUGUGUACGCAAAGGUAUGAGUGCCCUCCAGGCAUCUCGCAAAUUCGGAGUUCCUUCGCGAACGCUGUAUGACAAGGUGAAAAAACUCGGAAUCACCACAGGGCGUCCCAUGAACCGAACGAUAAAACGAAGUCCGAGCUCCGGUGGAAGCCCCGCUCCGUUCCCGUACGGUCUGAGCGGAGCUUCGCACAUGUUCGGUCCGGCUCAUCCGGAUCAGCAGAUGCCAUCUCAAUCCCAAAUGCAGCAUGGCGAUGAAGACAAGUCUCGAAGAAUGGAUCAUUCGGGACACCAUUUGCCGCCGACGAUACCUCAUCCGGCUGCGGCUCUCCUCGAUCCGUCAUUCCUCCAGCAGGCUCUGGAGGCACGUGGCGGAGAGGCCCUUCAGGCCAUGGCUUUCGCCGCAGCGGCACACGCCGCAGUAAACGGCAUCAACACCUCUCCCGGAACGCACGGUUCGGCUCGUUCACCUAGUCCAAACGUUCUGAUGAAAUACAUGCGUUCGGUUUCGAUGAGUUCUCCUGAGGAUCGUGAACCUCCUCGUGACCCCAGCGAAGGCGAUCGUCACCACCAUAGCAACGGUUCCGAAGGGUAUGAAAGGCCCGAACGUAGGCCAAGUGAACAUGAAGAUCCUCGAGACGUAAGCGGAGGCACUGAUGAUCUCGUGGAGGACCUGUCGAUGGCGAGGCGUGACCAAGACUCCGACCGUGGAUCGGUUUCGCCACCACCGAUGCCAAGUCAUAUGCAACCUCCGCAUAUUUCGCAGCACCACCUUGGGCAUUCCAUAUCACAGCCACCUCCACCACCUCCGCCGCCUAUGAUGCCACCACAGCAGCAAGGUGUCAUCGUUCCGGCCCCAAGCAAGAUGAAAGAUGAGUAUGCCAUCAAACGGGAAAUGAUGACCGAGUCGAGUAAUCCACCCAUGGAAUCUUCGUAAGAAUGUCGAGUUGUUGGUUUGAAAUCAUUCUUUUCUCACCCGCUCCUUUCCUAUUGUUUGGCUGGAGAGUAUCAUACUUCUCCAGAGGAGCGGGAAAACUUCUUUUCGUACUAUUGUGUUUCCUUACAAAACCUAAAUGUCUAUCAACAGAAAACACUCUAACUCGAAGCUUUUUUCGUUGUACUGUGAAACGGGUAAAAACUAGUUCCCAUUUUUUACUUAUACGUUGAAACAUUUUAUAUUUUUCUUAUUUAAUUGUUUUACGUUUAUAAAGCACGACUAAACGCAGAAAAAAAGACAUUCAAUAUAAAAGCUCAAGCAAACAAAGAUGUGUAAGCACUUUCAUAGAUAGAUAAUUAUUUUUUAUUAAAUUACGGAACAAUACAAACUACGAAGCCGCGCAACAUAAGUUACCUUGAAAUAACCUGAUAAAGCAAUCCCACCUAUUAUUGUUUACAUUAGAAUAAUGCUGUAUUUUAUUUCCAUCUUCUAUAUGUGUAACGUCUAUAAUGCUAAUGCUUAUCUUCUACAGUGUCAGAGAAGGAAUCUCUUUAGUUGACGAAUGGAUUGCAAGGUUGAUCGUAACCAUAAUCAGAAGUAUUUUUUUGCAAAAAUAAAACAAAAUUUUCUGAUUUUGUUUACACUGGGAGCAGAGCUGAUGAACAUUUCGAAGAAAUUUAUGACCUAACAUUUUUUCCUCAAAAUUACCGAAAUUAACAAAAGUUCACAUUUAUAGCUUGAUAAAAAAAAAUUUAAAAGUAGCGGUCAUCUAAUUCAUUAAUGCCAACUACUAGUAUUUUCUACUUUAGGUAAAAAUAAUCGGGCUCUUGAUUCAGGCAAAUCUUCUCGAGAUCUCGCCUAAGUCUUUGUCGAAAGAAAACUAAAUCUCUGCAAUCUACAAGAAUGCGAGACAUCGAGAAUAAAAACCGAGAUUCAGAAUGGCUAAAUACUAAAUUCCCAACAGUCAGAUGUCAAUAAUGAACGUUUUCUGAGUCUUAUCUCCUUUGACUAUAAUAUUAUUUUUUUCUAUAUUUUCUAUCAGACUCUGACUCCACCAACAGCUGAUGCAAUCGUACCAACGCCAUUACCAAUUUAAAACAAUCAACUAACAAAUAACACAAUAGACUGAGCUUAAGUACAUUAAAGCGCAUAUUUUAAGAUCAAUUUACAACCAUUGAUUGGCUUAGAUCGCCAAACUAAGACCAAUCUUGAAAACCGAGGUGCAAUAAAUCAAUACUAUUUUUGAAACUGUUUUCAACUUUUCUUAUUUUGCUAUUCAUCUUAUACACUUUUAUUAACUGUAAAUUAAUAAUUCUUUACCAUAUUUGCAUGCUUUUCUAUUUAAUUUUCCUCUUUUACAUAGUUAUUACAUUUCUGUACUAUAAAACGUUAACAAAUAAAAAACGGAGAGAAGAAAUCAUAUCAGGUUCCGUACUAGACAGUAAUUUUCACAUGUUUCGUUUUAUUCGCAACUUUGAUUGAAACAAACCCCUGGGAACACACUGAAGCAAAGAUUGUAAAUAUCUCUAAAAACGGAAUUCCUUGUUAUACGUUAGGUUAGCCAACACCAACCAACACACUCACUCACGCGCAUGAGCGAACACGCAAACGAAAAAUCAAAGUCUGUACUAUUACUUUAGAGAAAAAAAAGCAUCCUUCACUGCUCUGUUUUAUGGUUAGUAGUAACUAAUUUGUAUUCUUAGAUCAAAACUAGCACUGUUUCUGUAGAGCCAGAACUGUACGAAAUCUUUGUUAAAUUAUCAUCACCAACGAGUGCCUAUGAAACGAAAACUCCUGUUUCUGUAUUUAUGUUCCAAUGCCUGAGGACGUUCUAACUAAAACAAAACUUGUUAAUUUGCGAAGCCAUAUCUCAAUUGGAAAGUUAAGCAAACAAAAAGCAAAAUCAAACAUUUUUAUGAUUAAUUAAAAAAUAAAUUUAAGUAAUAACUGGUAAAUGUGUUGUUAGACUUAGAAGUGAAUCGGAAAGAGCAACCUAUUAGAAAAAAAUACCUAAAACUUUUGUAGCGUUAAUGUGUUUAGAGGAUAGUUGGAAGGAAUGCCAUAUUUGAUUAGUGUUGUAGACUGCAAAGAGGAAAGCGAAUGGAAGGAAUUCAAACUAAUACUACAUUGUUCUCUUUCUAUUGAAAACAAGACUGAUUAAGCGAAAAUUUGUUGUUAGCUAAAAAAAGCAGAAAGAAUCAAAGCUCGAAGCAGGACGGAGACAUUGAAGGAAUAAAAUUGUAAAAUGGAUAGAAAUUGGAACCACAAAAGCAACACUUUUGAAGCAUACUCACUCAGAUGUGAACAUAUUAUUUCGAAUUGCACAUUUAGUUGUUUCUUUGAUUCCGUACUUCUUCCGUUUUGUUAACUUUAAUUCUUUCGAAUAAAUUUUGAAGACUGAUUUAGACUUUUUCGCCGUUUUUUACACUGUAUCGAUUACUUAGAUAUUUAUUCACAACCAGAAGAUAUGAACAAAUAAAGACGAACUGGCAGCGCAAAAUACUAUUAUUAUAAUUCACUAGAAGAAAGCUCAGAGAUAUGGAAAAUGACUAUAUAACGAAAAUAGUGCUGGGGUGAUGCAAUAAUCUAUCGAGAGAAAACGAACACCAACACUUGAAAUAAUUGGAAACCCUGCGGACCAUUGCCGAAGCCAGUAAAAAGUAAGCCGGAUUGACGUGGCAAAUAACCACUGCAAUCACUCCUGAACCCAAAUGCGAAACUGUUAAAUUCAACCCGAAUGUGAAAUGAUUAGUUAAUUAUUAAAAAAUAAGUUCUUUAAUACUAUUUUCGAUAAAUCGAUACCUAAUCACAACUACUAGCAGUAGAAGGAAAUCAAAAAUAAUCAAAACGAAAAAAAAAAAUAGAAACGCAAGCAAGUUCCAAACACAACCUAAUCGUUGCCUAGGUGUUAGAUUUAGCGUUAGAAGAGGUGGUUUGCCACAUAGGGCAAACCGCACACCAUGAGAGGAAAACGGUAUCAAACUGAAGGAUGCGUAGAUGUGUAGUUAAAAUUUUGAUUUAGGAUACGAAAGUGUAUAAGGGCAGGAGAGGCGAUGUGAACGAUGAACAGAUACGGGAGAAAACGUAUGACUUUGAAAGAAAUUUUUCUUUUUGGAAAAAUAAAUGUAUUCUGUAGUUGAGAAAAAGAAAAAAAAAACAAUUAUUCGAUGGGAAACUUUAUAUUAAAUGUAUAGAAAAAGUGGACAUGAAAUAAACACAUUAAAAAUAAA